AGGCAACAAUAUACAUACCAGAGCUGAAAAAAAAUGGAAGAAAAACAAUAAUAUAUAUAAUUAGCAGCACCAAUCCCACAAUAGCCUUGGCCAUAAUAAAAAUAAAAUGUAAAAGAAGUAGAACGUUUGGAACAAUUUUUAAAUAAGGAGAAAAAGUACAACUUUAACAAUAAAAGAAUAAAUAACAAAAAUUUUAAGAUGAAGUGA